UCUCAGAUCAGAUCUUUAUGUGUUCGGACCGUGACACGGCGCAGACCAGCAGAGUUCACAUCAGAGAUCUCCUUCAGACCAUCAUGUCUGUGGUUCCGGUGCUGUUGCUCCUCUCGGUUCUCCCGGUGCUCUCGGUCCGUGUCUCGGCAGGUCCGGGCUGCGGACCGUGUGACCCAGCUCAGUGCGCUCCUCUCCCGGGGGAAGGCUGCCCUGCCGGCUCUCUGCUGGACUCCUGCGGCUGCUGCUCGGUGUGCGCCGCUGCGGAGGGGGAGCUGUGCGGGGGGCGCCGCGCGGCAGCGCGCCGCUGCGGCGCCGGGCUGGAGUGCGUCAAAAGCGACGAGCAGAAGAAGAACAAGCUCGGAGUUUGUGUCUGCAAGAGCAACUACGAGGUCUGCGGAACCGACGGAGUGACGUACAGGAGCGGUUGCGCACUGAAGAGCGCCAGCCUGACAGCCGAGACAGAGGGCAAAGAACCCGUGACCGUUCAGAACAAGGGCCGCUGCGCCUCAGCUCCGGUCAUCGUCACUCCUCCAGGUGAGGUCUACAACGUCAGCGGCUCUCAGGUGUACCUGAGCUGUGAGGCGGUGGGCGUGCCCACGCCUGUCCUCACCUGGAAGAAGGUCCUCAGUGGGAAGAGGAGGAUGGAGCUUCUUCCUGGAGACAGAGACAACCUGGCGAUUCAGACGAGAGGAGGACCAGAGAAACACGAAGUGACCGGCUGGGUGCUGAUCUCCCCUCUGACCAAAGAAGAAGAAGGAUCCUAUGAGUGUCACGCUUCCAACUCCAAAGGAGAAGCUUCAGCCGUUGGGGCAAUUCACCUGGUCGAGUCCAUCGAUGACAUCAUUGUCAAGAAAGUGACAAAGGAAGAUGAAUUGUGAUCAGCUGAUCAGAGAACAGUGAAGACAAUCGUCAAGGAAUCAUCCGAAGAUGAUUUUUUUAACUUUCACUGAAAUGACCAUUUUUUUCUUUUUAUAUAGUUUUGAAUUUUUGUAUAAGUUUGAAUUUGAGUCUGAAUUUCAUUAUUUAGUUUCUGUUACUUUGUGAAUGAAACAUUUUGUUAACCUUUUCUAAUACAUAUAUAACUUUUCUAUAACUUUUUCUAUAUAUCUAUCAGGCUUUUAUUUUGGAAAGACUUAACCAUAGCAACAGUGCUGAUCCCCUUCUUUCAUGUCUGUCAUUAUUAUUUCUAAUGCAAAUAAAAUCAGUUUAAUGAAGCAGA